UCAAAAAUAAUAAUAUUUUUAAAACAAAAUUAUCAAAAAAUAGAAGCAAAAAUGUCUUCUUCUUCUCCAUCAAUUAUUCAAUCAACUCCAAAUUUAAACAAUCAAGAUACACCAAUAAAUACUUCAACAAAUAAUUCAACACCCCGUACAUAUUCAUUAAACAACCCAGUUUAUCAAAAAAUGAGAGAAUUUAUUUUUGAUUUGUGUGAUAAAGGUAUUGGGGCUAUUGCUUCAACUGAACAGUUAAAAGAUAAAUUUGGGGAGCAAGUACCGACUUUGUGCACAAUUUAUAAAUGGAGAAGGGAAUAUCGGGGAGGAAAGGGAGAAAAGCAAUUAUUGGAUAAACAAAAUAAUAUUAAUAAUACACCUGAUUCAAUGGUUUUGCAACAAAAUAGUGUUGGUAGAAAGGCAAAGAAUCAUGUUGAAAAGUAUUGUUCAGCUUGUAACCGAGAAAUGAGCACCCGACAUUAUUAUGAAUUUCAUAUGUUAAAUGUUCACGAUGUUUUGUUGGGUAAUCCUAGAUCGGCAACUGUUGAAUUAUUAGAGAAAAUGUCUUCUACUCGAAAGCAACAACUUACUUUUAGGUGUGAUUCUUGUUUUGGCCGUUGCAUCGACUAUGACAAUUUUGAAGAAUUGCAACAACACAAACUUGAAAAACACGGAAUAGAAAUACCUCUACUUGCAUUACAAUUUAAAAAGAAUAAAAAUAAUAAUAGCAAUGCUUCUCCUCCUGGAAAGGCAAAAAAAAUAAUUUUUUAA